AUGCGUUUACUUACACAAGCUACAUUGCGGGCAUACGUCUGUCCGUCGUGCAGAAGCGGCAUCGGCUCUACUCGGCGGCGACUUGCAACCCAAGCCGGCCGAACUCCUGAUAUCUACGAUGUCGUCUGCGUCGGAGGUGGCCCGGCGGGUCUAGGGCUUUUGGCCGCGCUUCGAGCAUCUCCCGUCACGUCAAAGCUCAAAGUGGCUCUCAUCGAAAGCCAGGAUCUUAACAAGGCGCGUUCAUGGACGAUGGACUCUGACCAAUUCUCCAAUCGAGUCAGCAGCUUAACGCCGUCUUCCAAAGCUUUCUUGCAGAAAAUUGGUGCUUGGGAACAUAUCGACCAGGAUCGCGUGCAGGAUUACCAAGAAAUGCAGGUCUGGGAUGGCGAGAGCGGUUCCCGAAUAUCAUUCGACUGGACGGUGGAUACACCUGCAUUUGAAGAGAUGCGCCCAGUCGCGACUAUGACGGAGAAUUCCAACCUAGUUCGUGGGCUUUUAAAGCGCAUCGCAGCUUCGGGUGAUGAAAACCUGACGCUUUUCUCCAAUACAACCGUGGCGGGAAUCGAGAACGGAGCCGAUCUUCGAACAGAAGGGCCGGAUUUGUCGGCCUGGCCGAUUCUCUCGCUCAAGCCCAGCGGGAUCAAUGCUGAAGGUCAAUCGUCCUCUCAGAUCGCGGCGAGACUGCUUGUCGGCGCCGAUGGUAUUAACAGUCCCGUGCGCUCCUUUGCGGACAUCACCACUCAUGGCUGGGACUACAACCGUCAUGGCAUCGUGGCUACUCUUUCUCUCGCAAAUCCCGAUACUCCUCCCUUCCCAGCGUAUAUGCGCACAGCGUACCAGCGCUUCUUGCCUUCGCUCGGAGGACCAAUUGCUCUUCUUCCGCUUCCCAACAACCACGCUACGCUCGUCUGGUCCACCACCCCUGAGCACGCUGCAUAUCUCAAGUCUCUGCCCUCCUCGGCCUUUCUCGCCAUGGUCAAUGCUGCCUUCAGGCUGUCCAUGACUGAUCUCAAAUUCAUGAUGGGAAUGGAGAAUUCGGCAUCUGAUCCAACCUCCCAUGAAGAUGAGCUCUCAUGGCGCGUGCAGCACACUCCAAUCCCUGCUCACAUUCCCCCAAUGGCAAAGGCUGUGCAGGCAGGCACUGUUGCAUCUUUCCCGCUGCGCUUCCGCCACGCUGCUCAAUACAUCUCUCCCCGGGUCGCUCUUGUCGGUGAUGCCGCACACGUUAUUCACCCCUUGGCGGGCCAAGGUCUGAAUCUGGGUCUUGGAGAUAUCGCCUCGCUGUCCCAAACAAUCGAGUACGCGGUCUCUCACGGCAUGGACAUUGGCGAUCUCUUGACCCUUGAGCGGUACUCGUCAGAGCGCUAUUUGACCAAUGCCAAAAUUGGAGGCGCCUGCGAUCUCUUGCACAAGAUGUACAACAUUCCGGGUCAAGGGCCUGUGACAUGGGCCCGAAGUCUUGGGUUGGAUGUGAUUGAUAAGCUACCUUUUGUCAAGUCGUUCUUGAUGAAGAACGCCGAGGGGUGA